AGCACUCUCUCUGUCUCUCUGUCUCUCUCUCUCUCUCUGUGUUUCUUGCUGUGUUUCUUCAUACCCAGUUCAGAGUCCUCUCACUCUCUCUCAGCCAACCAACUCUCUAAGGAAAUGGCAUACAAGUGUCGCAUAGCAGGCGUGCUACUCCUGCUGUUGGCCAGCAUCGCCGCCCUCAUUGCUGUUGCCAUCAUUCAGGAUACCUGGGCGUUUAAAGAGUACAGCCUAGAGUACGGGAUAGUGAUAGAUUCGGGUUCAUCUCGGUCCAAUGUGUACCUCUACGAGUGGCCGGGGGAGAAGCAGAAUGAAACAGGAGUAGUGACGCAGAUAAUGGACUGUCGAGUUGCUGGUGACGGCAUCUCCGAUAUGAAAGUUGAUGUUGAGAAAGAUGUCAAGUCAUGGAAAGCAUUCCAAGAGUGCAUGGCCAAUAUCACCAAGGCCAUUCCUGCUGAAAAACACAAAACCACGCCCCUGUUUCUCGGAGCCACAGCCGGGAUGAGACUGCUGCAUCAGCACGAUGAGCAGAGAUCAAAUGAAAUCCUGGAAGAUCUCAGAAAAUACCUGAGCUCCCUGCCCUUCAACUUCCAAAACGCCUCCAUCAUCACAGGUCAAGAGGAAGGUCUAUAUGGGUGGAUCACCGUCAACUACCUGAUGGAAAACUUCCUGGAGAAAAACCUGUGGAACACCCUUGUGCAGAAGGAGGGGGCAAAGACAGUCGGAUCCUUGGACCUUGGUGGAGCAUCGACCCAAAUAGCCUUCGCAGUUCAGGACGAUCUCAAUGGGCCCAACUACAUGCCUGUCAAACUGUACGGAUACCCUUACAAUGUCUACACUCACAGUUUCCUCUGCUAUGGAAAAAAUGAGGCUGAUAAGAGAGUUCUGGACAAAAUAGUACAGGAAUCACGUGACCCAGCAUACAUUCUGAACCCCUGCUACCCUGAAGGUUUCAACAUCACCUUGAAGGCCUCAUCCAUCUAUAACACAGAGUGCACCCAGAAGCCAGCAAACUACAACCCAGACCAGGAUCUCUUCAUGGUGGGAGCCCCUGACUCAGACAAGUGCAGCAGCAUAGUGAAGUCAAUAUUUGAUUUCAAGACCUGUUCCUCAGCCCACUGUUCCUUCAACGGGGUUGAGCAGGCGCCAGUCACCGGAGAGUUCAUGGCAUACGCUGGAUUCUUCUUCAUUGCUCGGGCUGUUGUGCAGAAUGGCACUUCAGAUAUAGAUCAGUUCAACUCUUCAGUGAGAGAAUUCUGCCACAAGCAUUGGACAGUGCUUAAAAAAGAAAAGAACUGGAUCUCUGAGAAACACCUGAGGACUUACUGCUAUGGAGCUCACUACGUCUUGACUCUCCUGGCAGACGGUUACAAGUUUGACAAAGAGACAUGGACAGGAAUCAGCUUUCAAAGAGAGGUGAAGGACACCAGUGUGGGUUGGAGUUUGGGCUACAUGCUGAGUAUGUCCAACAUGAUCCCAUCUGAAGUGAAACACAUCACGCCUUUGACCAACCCUGUCUUUGCCGGCCUUAUAUUUUUAUUUUCAGCUCUGACCAUCGUCAUGGUUAUCAUAGUUUUCAUCAUCAUCAUUCGCACCUGCUACUGAGAGCGAAGGAAAUGAUCUUCCAUUCAAAGCCUGGGGAUUGCUGUUAUCCUGUACAUAACUGGAGAGUGUUACAGUUACUUAGCCUGAGAUGUUUACUGAAAAUAUAAAUGCAGUUCAUUUUGUACCUCAGGGAAAUGUACAUUUAGUGAACUUUUUGGAGCUCGACUAAAGGGAAAUAUUGUUUUACAGCUAAAAGACUCGCACUGUGGUGACCUAAGCACGCGUUGGUGUUUUACACUGUGGAAUUUCAAAAUUAAAGUGAGACUCUGUACAUUUAACUUAGUGUGCUCGGGAUGCACACACAAACCCAUCAGGCAAAAAAGCAUGACGUAAUCCCUGUGCUAACAAGUUUCUUCCGUUAUACAUGUAAUUGCACUGAAUGUGUUUGCUUUACCUCUGAAACUGUAUUACUGCUGCGGCCUUAUUGUUUUAUACUGUGUAUCUGAAACUAUAACUACACAACAGUUCUCCGUAUUUACUGAAUGAAAUUCUCCCUAAUAAAUAAUGGAAUGAAUGAAUGAAAUUCUCCCUAAUAAAUAAUGGAAUGAAUGUGAAAUUUGCCAUUGUUUUCUUAAGAUUAUGCAAAUCAAAUAAAUGAAGUCAUAGCAUUUUAUAUAUUCAAUUUGCAAACAUUUAAAAUGUUUUUUUCUGAGUUCGGGACAUUUAAUAACAAUAAAUACAGAACAUUCUGUACCUUGAGCAACAUUGUUGUAUCUGCUUAAUUUUAAUAUUUCAAAUGUUUUACGUGAAAUGCCAGUUACACUCUAUCCUGUUUACACUGUAUAUAUUUUUGUUAUUUUUAUAUUUCCUUAUGUUUGUAUUGUCCCUGUUUUUUAUAUUUACAUAUGUUAAUACUGCAUGUUUACUUAUUUAUCGCUUGAGUUUUUACCAUUGUAGGACAAAUAAAGGAACAUCUUAUUUAAUCUCAUCCAAAUGACUGCUCACAUCAGUAAAAGUUCAAUCAGUGGAUUAAUUUGAGUAAAAGUAAACCAAUC